AUGUCUCACAGGGCCAAGCUCGCAGAGCUCAAGGCCCUUCGCCAGUCCGGCAAGAAGGCCUUUGACAACUACAAGGUUAACGAGGUCGAUAACCUCUACGACGAAGUCGACGAAGCCGGAUACAAGAAGAUCGUCCGUGACCGACUAAACGAGGAUGACUUUGUCGUCGACGACAACGGCGAGGGUUACGCAGAUGACGGUCGAGAAGAGUGGGAUCGGGUACAAGCCUACGACUCGGAUAGUGAAGAAGAGGCAGUAGUCCGUGGGCGGCCUAGCAAAGCUGCCAAGAAGAACCGCCAACAGGAGCAAGCAAAGCGAGACGCCAAUGACAAGGACAUUAGCGAAUACUUUACCAAGGGCGCUGGCAGGACACAGCCCAAGCCCAAGGUCGUCAGAACCAAGGCCGACGACGAUUUCCUGACGGAUCUACUGGGCGAGGUUGAUAACAAUAUCCCGGCCCCCGCUGUGCGCAUCUCGGCGAUCGAGAGAUCAGGCGGGCGCCGCAAGGCAAGGGCGCUAUCGCCUGCCCCCGAGCCCAUCCCCAAAAAGAAGAAGACCCUCGACACUCGGCUACCAUCUCCCCUACCCCCAGCUGCUGAUGACGACGACGGCUUCAUGCCCCCCGCCGCCGACGAUAUCUCAGACCUCGAAGUUGCCGACAUUCCAAUGAGCGAAGGGCCAGCGCCAUCCUCACCCGCCGCCAAAGUCGCUCAGAGAAAGGCUCAGGUUAAGCAGGAGCCCAAGGACGAUGAAGACGAGGACAUGAUGGAAGUUGCCCACGCGGGCACUAUCGCUACAACCAGCGUCAACUUGACGAGUUCGAGGCCGAUAAAGAAGAUCAUCAAGGCGGAAUCCUACCCAACCCCCGCCAGCUCCUCUCCCGUCAAAGCCAAUGGCGCCGCUGUCGACUCCACGUCCUGGAACGCUCUCACAGAAAGGCUCAACGUGGUAUCGAGCUCACCAAGUGAGACCAAGGGCAUCGGCAAAAUCGACCACAAGGACGCCGUCGAGGAAGACGGGAGUCUCAACUUCUUCUGGACAGACUACAUGGAAAUCAACGGCAGUCUAUGCCUCUUUGGCAAGGUCCUCAACAAGAAGACAAGGUCAUACGUCAGCUGCUUUGUCAAAGUUGACAAUAUCCUGAGAAAACUAUACUUCCUCCCUCGGCAGCAUCGAGUGCAGGGUGGAGAGGAGACGGGCGAGGAGGUUGAGAUGUCUAAUGUGUAUGACGAAGUCGACGAAAUCAUGACCAAGAUGAAGGUGGGAAUGUACAAGAUCAAGGCCUGCACCAGGAAGUAUGCCUUUGAGCUUCCUGGUGUUCCUAAGGAGGCCCAGUACAUGAAGCUCUUGUACCCAUACAACAAACCCCCAGUCGACCCAACACCUGGUGAGACCUACUCUCACGUAUUUGGCAGCAACACUGCCCUCUUUGAGCAGUUUGUUCUCUGGAAGAACAUUAUGGGCCCUUGUUGGCUCAAGAUCGAGGAUGGCGACUUUGGCAGCAUCAAGAACGGUUCUCACUGCAAGCUCGAAGUGUUGGCUGAGCAUCCCAACAUGAUUUCCGUUCUCAGCGACUCGGACAACCUUGACGUUCCACCAUUGACUCUCAUGAGCGUGUCUCUAAGAACUGCCUUCAACUCAAAGGACAACAAGCAGGAGAUCCUGGCCAUCAGUGCAAGGAUAUAUGAGAAGGUGUCACUGAGUGAUACUACACCAGCAGAGAAACUUCCGUGCCGAACAUUCACUGUCAUCCGUCCCCACGGCCAAGGAUUUCCCCUGGGCUUCGACCAGCUUGCAAGGAAGAGGAAUAGGGGUUUGAUUGUCCUGAAGAAGCAAGAAGCAGAUAUUCUCAGCUUCUUCUUGGCUCAGGUCGAUGUUGCCGACCCGGACGUUAUCCUUGGACACCAGUUGGAAGGGGUUGACUACAGUGUGCUUCUCAACCGCCUACAUGAGAAGAAGAUUCACCAAUGGUCCAGGCUCGGCCGGUUCCGCAGGACCCAAUGGCCCCCGUCUAUCGGAAAGACUGGCGGCAACGUCUUUGCGGAACGUCAGAUCCUCGCUGGUCGUCUUCUCUGUGACCUUGCCAACGAUGCUGGCAAGUCUGUCAUGUUCAAGUGUCAGUCGUGGAGCUUGACCGAGAUGUGCAGCCUGUACCUCGCCGGGGAUAACCGACGCCGCGAGUUCGACAAUGAGACGGCCCUUAGCACCUGGGCUAAGGAGAAGCAGGGCCUCAUGGACUACAUCACGCACAUGGAGGCAGACACACAUUAUAUCGCUGCUCUCGCCAUCAGCGUCCAGAUGCUACCCCUGACCAAGGUUCUCACCAACCUGGCAGGUAACUCGUGGGCCCGAACGCUCACCGGAACCCGAGCUGAGCGAAACGAAUACAUUCUGCUCCACGAGUUCCAUCGCAACAAGUAUAUCUGCCCAGACAAGCAGACCUUCCGGGGCCGGCAACGUGCCGAGGAAGAGCAGCAGGAAGAGGCGGGCGAUGCGAAGAAGAAGGACAAGUACAAGGGUGGUCUCGUCUUUGAGCCCGAGAAGGGCCUAUACGACAAGUUUGUGCUUGUCAUGGACUUUAACUCUCUGUACCCAUCCAUCAUUCAGGAGUUCAACAUCUGCUUUACAACCGUGGACAGGACAGCCUCGGCCGAAGAUGAGGACGCAGUUCCCGAUGUGCCUACCAACCAGGAGCAGGGUAUCCUUCCCAGGCUCAUUGCCACUCUUGUCAGCAGACGUCGACAAGUAAAGAGUCUCAUGAAGGAUAAGAAGGCCACGCCUGAAGAGCUGGCUACCUGGGACAUCAAGCAGCUGGCGUUGAAGCUGACUGCAAACUCCAUGUACGGAUGUUUGGGUUACACCAAGUCUCGCUUCUAUGCCCGACCGCUGGCUGUUUUGACAACCUUCAAGGGUCGUGAGAUUCUUCGGAGCACCAAGGAGCUUGCCGAGAGCAAGUCCCUGCAGGUCAUCUAUGGUGACACUGAUUCCGUCAUGAUCAACGCCAACGUGGACAACGUUGCCGACGCCUUCAAGGUGGGCAACGACUUCAAGAAGGCUGUCAACGAUCAGUACAAGCUGCUGGAGAUUGACAUCGACAACGUCUUCCGCCGCAUCCUCCUCCAAGCCAAGAAGAAGUAUGCUGCCAUCAACCUCGUGGAGAAGGAUGGCAAGUUUAUCGAGAAGAUGGAAGUCAAGGGUCUUGACAUGAAGCGUCGAGAAUACUGCGCCCUGUCCAAGGAGAUCUCCAAGCAUCUCCUAGACGAGAUUUUGUCUGGAGAUGACACAGAAGUCUCCAUCGCCCGCAUCCACGAGUACCUACGUGACAUUGCUGGUAAGAUGCGUGAGCAGACGAUCCCUGUACCCAAGUACAUCAUCUAUACGCAACUGGGUAAAGCCCCCAAGGAGUAUCCCAACGCCGACUCCAUGCCCCAGGUCCAAGUCGCUCUUCGUGAGUUGGCCAAGGGUAAGACGGUCCGCAAGGGCGAUGUCAUCUCGUACGUCAUCACGGGCGACAGCAAGAGCUCCGAGCCCGCCCCCAAGCGAGCAUAUGCUCCCGGGGACUUGAAGGCGGAUCCUACGCUGCUCCCCGAUGUUGAAUGGUACAUCGGCAAGCAGAUCUUCCCUCCCGUCGAACGUCUCUGCGCCAACAUUGUCGGCACCUCGACCUCACAGCUGGCCGAGCAGCUCGGACUGGAUAUCAAGCGGUACAGCUCGUUCCAGACUCAGCAGAACAGUUCGAGCAACGACCUUGAGAUCCACCCCCUGGAUUCUCAGAUCCCCGACGAAGUUCGCUUUGGCGACUGUGCCCGCCUCUCCCUGCGGUGCCGCAAGUGCAAGGCUAGCUCCACGUUCGAAGGCCUCGCCGUGUCCCCUGACCGUGUUACUGCGUCUGGCGUGGUUUGCGGUUCCUGCGGUGCCACCAUCUCGACCUUGUCCAUCGUGGCUCAGCUGGAGCACGCCAUCCGUACUCAGACAACCCGCUACUACGAAGGAUGGCUUGUCUGCGACGACUCUCAGUGUGGCAACCGUACCCGUCAGAUGAGCGUCUACGGCACCCGCUGCCUCGGGCCCAAGGGCCUCGCGAGGGACUGCCUGGGCCGCAUGCGCUACGAGUACACCGAGAAAGCCAUCUACACCCAGCUGCUGUACUUUGCCAGCGUGUGGGAUGUGGACAAGGCCAAGACCAAGGCUCAAGCGGCUGACAUGUCGAGGCAGGAUCGCGAGAACAUCCUCGCCCAGGCUGAGCACAACCGCGUGCGCUUCGGCACUGUCAAGGGUGUCGUGGACAAGUACCUCGAAAAGUGCGGCCGGCAAUGGGUAGCCAUGGACACGCUGUUCUCCAAGCUGGGCUUCAAGCCACUGGCGUAA